AUGAUCGACCCUCCGUCGACGCAGCGGCCACCAGCCGACAGUCGCAACCCAGUCCCUCCAUCACCUUCUCUUCCUUCGCCAGCCCCGGUGAAGCGCGUCCGGCUGCGUACGCGCGACCGACGGGACUCGGACCCGCAAGUCUUCAUCUUCUACCCGCCAAACCCAACGUAUAACCCUACCUGCAACGAGACCCACUUCCCCGAUAAGCCGGAUUGGCGCGACAACGUGCUUCGCUACGACAAGGAAGUCGACGGGAUUGCGUGCGUCGUCUACAAGCCGUGCUACGACCUCGACGACGAGGCCAAAAAACUGUAUCAUUGUUCCGACGUGAGCACGACGACCAGCACGAAGAAGAUCACCACCACCACCACGGCCAAGACGACGCCCACCACGACGAAGGAACCGGACACGCUGAUGAGCGAUGAGGUCGUCUUGGUGGCUGCGCUUGUCGGAGCCUUGGUGCUGAUCAUCAUCGUCGUCAUCAUCGUGCUGUGCUGCUGCCUGAAAAAGAAGAAGAGGGGCAACAACUCCAAGAAGCCCGUCGUCGACGAUAUGAUGAACGUUGGCGCCGGUGCCGCCGUCGUCGACCUCGACGUGGCCCCCAUCUCUAACCCCGAGGCGCCCCCCGAUGAGUCCGACGCCUCCCAGUCGCAGCAAUCGGCCAAACAA